AGCCCAUGGCUCUGAAACCGUUGAAAAACCUGCUCGAGACGAUCUAAGCUUUGGUCCACUCCAUUUCCAACGACAAUGACAUCAUCCAGGUAAAUGAGAAGGGUGUCCCAUUGAAGGCCUCUAAGGACAAGCUCCAUUGCCCUUUGAAAAGUACUCGGAGCAUUACAGAGUCCAAAUGGCAUUCGGGUGUAUUCAUAAAGGCCCCAUUUGGUGAUGAAUGCCGUCUUUUCACGAUCGUUAUUGUCCACUGCAACCUGCCAGUAAUCAGACUGAAGGUCAAGGGUAGAGAACAUGGUAGCUCCACCGACAACAUCAAGGCAUUCUUCAAUCUGGGGUAGCGGAUAAGCAUCCUUGAUAGUCAAACUAUUCAAACUUCGGUAAUCUACACACCACCUUACUCCUCCAUCUUUUUUGCGUACCAGGACCACUGGAGAAGCCCAUUCAGAAACUGAUGGCAUGAUUACUCCGGCUUCCAGCAUGGCUUUAAGAUGUGCUUCCUCUUCACCUUCAAAUCCCAGAGGGGUUCUUCUGACAGGGAGAAGAUGAUCUGCAGGAUCCUGCUGCCCAUAAUUCUCAACUCAUGUCUCUGUGCAGCAACAUUUGUAGUGAAUGUGGCACAGAGCUUCUAUCAGGCAGAGGAGAACCACAGCAUCACUCUGGAGUGGACCUUCACCACCAGACCUGAUGGACCCUGGAGAUUCCUGGUUAUCUACUGCAGCCUAUUAACGCCCAGGAAAGAAUCAGUCCUGUAUCGGGUCCAUGAUGGUGUUGAGGUGUCAGAGUCUCAGGAUGAACAGUUUUCAGGACGAGUCCAGAGUGACAAAGACGUCCUCAGAGAAGGACGAAUCAGACUCCAUGUGUCCAGACUAAGGACUGAAGACUCUGGUCUGUAUGUGUGUUUUGUGCAGACUGAUGAUGAUUCUAGUUCUGGAUCCUGUCAACUCAAUGUCUCUGCAGCUGCUGAUGUCUCCCAACCUCAGAGACCGACUCUGGAUCCAGAAUCAGAAGGUCGAGGAAGGACUGGCCUCUAUGCUGCACUGGGACUGACAGUAGCAGCAGCAGCAGCUCUGAUGGUCAAAGUUCUCUUCAGUUCCUGGCACAGAAAAUAUCAGCAGAAGUCGAUCUUUAUUUCAGCAUUUUAACAGAACCCUGAAGCUCGACUGGGCCACUGCUGGACUGAUGGCUUCAUAUUGGACUCCAGAAUAUUCUGGUGACCAGAGGAGGUUAUGGUGGACUCAGUGACUUCUAGGUGUUCAGGUCAUUAGUCCUCCACCACGUGCCUGACAGCUGCUUUGCUGAGUUUCAGACAAAAUCUUGGGCUUCAUUCAGCUGCCUUAUCACCAGCAUUAACCUGCUGCUUACUGUAAAUCAAGUAGCUUCAGUGUGCCCUCUAGUGGCCAAAGUAUUGCGUUCAUUGCCUUUUCCAUCUGCUGUGUCCGAGUUCAACUACAACAAAAACACUGGUAUGAAAACAGCUAAGCAGCUUAAUGUUUCACUACCAAGGAGCCAAACUGCCAGCCAAGCCUGUAUUUAUCUCCAUUCAUUGUUUACCGAGUCACUUGGAUCUGUCUAUAUGUCAAAGUCAUGUUUUUCCAAAGGUUUGUUGUUUACUGAGAUGUUCUACAAGUUGUUUUUCCCCCCUUAUGGUUCUGUUUAAAGGUCUUACUCCACUUCCCCCCUUGUCUGCUUUACCUCAUCAAAUCUUAGUUACUAAAUUGAUUUUGUGUUCUUGUCGCUUAUGAUCUAUUUAUGUACUGGUUUGUAAGAUCUGACUGUGACUCCUGCAGACAGGGGAGGCGCGUUACAUUCACCGUUUACCGUUUCCUAAGCACUCUUUUAUGAUAUGUUUGGAGUUUUACUGUUUUGGUCGUCUGAAGAACAUUUCCCGUUUUUAUAUACUUGAAUUCUCUGAAAAUGAACACACUCAUUGUUUUUUUUUGUACCAAAUGAAGGAAAAUCUAAAGUUUAGCUCAGUCAAUGACAGCUGCUGUGAGAUUUUAGAUUUUUAUUUAUCUGAUGAUUGUUUUCUGAGCAAAUGUAGCCUUUGGAUUCCUUUGGCUCUUAAUGUGACGUCUCAAAAAAUAGCAUCUGUAUAAGAGGUCAUAUUCUGACAUACUAAGAGGGGAAAAGGCUUUAUUUAAAUAUUUAUACAAGUUGUCGAAGGGAUUAUUAUUUACCAAUGAAAGCACAUUUUUGUAAUAUAUAAACAGCACCACAGUGGAUGCUGGUGAUUCUGUAAGCAGGCAAUAUUUAAUUCUAGCAAGAAAAACACAUGAGAUUCCACAGAUUUUCUUGGUGGGCAUGUACAAACUGAAGAUUUGAACAGAUUAAAUGAUCUAUCCUGUUGUACAUAUGUGUAUAUAUAAAUUGUAAAUCGUUACAAAAUUGUUGAAACUGAAAAAUGUUUUUUUUUUCAUGUGAAAUGACCAUAAAAAACAUCUACACUGCUGUGCCUGGUAAAAGUGUCCUUACUGUUUGAACUUUAGUCAUUUUACCGCCACAAACUUCCAUGUAUUUUAUAGCCACUAUGCGACAGACCAACACAAAAUAAA